AAAAAUCAUAAGCACACCAUUGUACAUGCUCUUAUGUUGUUUAGAUAAAAUUUAGGAAAAUCCAUAAUGAACCCUCGCCUAACAUGUAGUUAGUAGGACUCGGUGCCAUACCGUUCUUAAUGCCGUUUCACUACUGGUAAGAGCAUGUAAAGCACUGCUGAUAUGCAUAUGAUGUAAAUCACUCUUAAUCACAGACAUGCAUAUAAUCGCCCAACGAUUGGCACCAAUGACACAUUGACUACUAAAUAAAGCAAACCACCACUUCCCGCCAUUGCUAAUUACCCUCUUCCCAGCUUGGCAACCUCCUCCUCCACUCCUUCCCUCCAGCCAUCACCUCCUCCAGUCCAAGAGGGAAGCUAUUUCAAUUCCCACGUCGACAUGGCGGCUUCCUCCCGCCGCCGUCGAUCGCCGCCGCAGACCUAGCUAUUGAGAAAGGUGCUCGGGGGCAGGCAUCAAUGGCGAAGACUUCCUUGCUGCUGUUGCUUGUGCACGUCCUCGCGUUCUUGCAUUCCUGCACGGCUCAGAGCCGCAUUGCAAACAUCUCGGUCGUCGAGGCCGCUGUCCGCGACCGCGCGUUCGAGCUGCUCCGCCGCACGAGCCAGCUCGUCGACGUGCCCCUCCCGGCGAACCUCUCUGCAGGCGUCGAGGCCUCGGCGCUGCGCGUGCGCAGCAACGAGCUCUGGGCCGACGGCGUCAACGCCACCGGCUUCACCAUCCCGCCGCGCGUCGUCCCGGCCCCGUUCGCGCGCCGCGUCGCCAUAAUCUUCGAGCACUUCGACGUCGGCAACGGCAGCUCGACGGGCGCCGCAGCGCUCUUCGCCGCGCCGCCCGGGUACGCGCUGGCCGCGCCCGUGGUCGGCCUCCUCGCGUACGACGCGUCGGCGGGGCUCGACGCCCGGGUCGCGCUCCAGGCGCUCGGCGCGCCGGUACACGUCGAGUUCAAGAACCUGUCGUCGGCGAAGGGGUUCAACGCCACAACCGCGCGGUGCCUGACCUUCUCAGCCAGCGGGGAGGUCGUGGCCACGCACGCCGUGGUGUCGGGGUCGGCAUGCGCGGUGCCCGGCACGGGGCACUUCGGUGUGGCGGUACGGGUGCCUGAGACGCCAACGCCAGCGCCGGCCGUGAGGGCGAGGUGUUGGGCGUGGACGGUUGGUGUCGGCGCCAGUGGCGUGCUGGGUGCCAGCUUUUUGGCGCUCUCUGUGGCCGGCGCGGUGAGGUGGAGCAGGAGGCGGAGGAGGGAGGAGAUGGAGCGGCGGGCAAUGGCCGGGGAGGAGCUGGGACGGAUGACAGUGCGCGGGAGCAGGAUGCCAUCGGCGAAGGUGGUGAGGACGCAGCCGGCUGCCGUGGCGGAAGGCGUAGCUGAGCUCCUCCCCGAGUCGCUCCGGGCGACGCCAGCUUAAUCAUCUGAGGUUUUCAACGCUCGCCUUUGUUUUAGGUGCAUUUUUCAGCAUACAAAAUUUCUCAUUUAGAUUUUACAGCGUACGCAACUUGUACAGCACAAUGUGCUUUGUCCAAAUUUUCCCCAAAUUUCAAAUGCAAUUGAAAUGGAGGUUUUGCCGUAAAAAGUCCUAAGUUCACGUUAUCAUAAUUUCUCCAGAACAGAAACAUAAAAUAUUUAGUGACGUUUUGUUUAUUCAUUUUUGCAAAUUAAGAAAGUUUUUACAGACAUAAAGCGCUCCUCAUGGAUGCAUGCUUUAUAAGAAAAGAGUUGACACCGAAGGGAUAUCACAUUAUUUGGCUUUAGUCACUGAAUGCACACAAAAUUGAACAAGGGGGACUGAUGCCUUUAUUGCAAAAAAUGUAUAUACACUAUGAUUUUUCGGCAAUCUAACAAAGAUCUUACAGUUUUAAGUAUCCUUCCUUCCCAUCAGUUCGAAUAACCUCAUCUUGCAAAACAUCUAAAGAUGUACAAUCAUGGCUGCAGACUUGAAGUGCCUCCCAUUAGUCUUUUAUAGCUCACUGUGGCAGUAAGAACAUGCUCAAGGAUUCAUUCUGUUUACGACUUGA